AUGCUUCGUUUCGCAUGCAUUCCAUUCAAUGCGCUCCUCUUCUUUUAUUUGUCACUUUCUUCUGCUGUCAAUGCUGCUCAGGAGAAGGUCUUGUCAGAUCCUACUCCAAAUAGAAGGGGAUACACCAAGGGUGACUUGAUCCCUGUCAGCUGCCUCAAUAGGACAAUUGACACUGGUGAACAUAUCACCGACAACCAUGGCAAUCUCCAAUACAUCCCAUUCCCUACCUGCAAUGAAACGAGCCAACCGCUGUCCUUCCUCUACAACACUCCUCAAACACAAACAUGCACCAUCGACUCCUUACCCGACGAGCUUUAUCACCUCUUCGAGUUCUUCGUUCACAGCGAUGUCCCUUUGACAUGCCGGGUCCCCUCAUACCCUCUUUCUCAGAACGGACAAGGGAUAUCGUCCUCGCUACCCGGUGUAGACGGCACGGGAGCUGAUAAAGAUCAGUGGACGCCAUUCACAAUCGCACUGCAGGGCACCCUCCAGCUCUCCCACCUCCACCUCCACACAAACAUCAAUGUCCUCUUCCACAUAUCGCCCGAGUCGGAAACGCCAGGAGAAGUAGUCCAGUCUCAUCUCAUCGCCUCGACAGCGUAUUCACUCCCCAACACGACUUCGAGCACACCUUCAGAGGGCCCGAAGAUCGUCCGUAAUGAACCCGUCGUUCUGACAUUCAACAUCGGCUGGGUCGACGGGGCGGUCCUGCCUGGCAUGGCUGGACGUCCGGUGCUGGGGAUCAGGAACCACAGCGUUGGGUUCUCGCUGCUCAGCUUCUUCGCAAUUGCCGCGAGUGCUGGUGUCGGCGCCAUGGCGAUGCUUGUCUACGAGCGCCGCAAGAGCGGGAGGAGCGGCGUGUACGGAAAUGGCAUUCUGGGAGGGAACGUGGGCAACGGCGUGGUAAGAUCUUCGGGCUAUGGGGGCUACGGGGGCUACGGUGGGUAUAGCGGCAGCACUGUGGGCAAAAGAGACUGA